GAUCUUAUUCUGAUGAAAGCAUGAAUGUGGACAAGUCUUGCUUUGAUGAUAAAAAUGAGAAUGACUGGAGAUACUUGGGUGUUACUGCUUUUCUUGUUAAAGGUGCUAAUUGCAGGUUAACUGUCUGUUUCAUGGUUGUUGCUUGUUCAAAUGCCACACUUAUGUUACGGGCUCUCCUUUUGCCCCACCGACUCUGGUUUGAUGUUGCAUUGUUAGUUCCCGUAUCAUCACCAGUUUUGGCACUGCAGCAUGUUGUUGUUCCUAUUUGCUCUCCAUCUACAGAUAAAGGCCAGAUUGAUAGUGCAUAUAUUGUUAUUGGUGGAUCCACUGAUGGAAGUAUUACCUACUGGGAUCUGACUGGAAGUGUUGAGGGUUUUAUGCAACGGACAUCAAAGUUUCAACCUGAAAAGUUUAUUGAUUGUCAGAAACGGCCUCCGACAGGAAGAGGAAGCCAAGGGGGACGAUGGUGGAGAUCAAUAAGCAAUCUGUCGUCUAAAACAGAUACAAGAAGUACAGAGGUUGACACCAGGGAGGGUAUAAAUGGCCCUAUUACUGAUUCUGCAGCUGGUGGAACUUCAUCAAAACUUAGUAAUAUGGUAAACAGUGCAGCUGCCUGUUCUCAAACUAUAAAUGCUGCUACUUCCCUCAAGUCAGACAUGCUUGCAGAUAACUCAUCUGAAAUUUGUGAAGUACAGGCCAUGGAUGUUCUGAAACAUGUCCACCAAUCAGGUGUCAAUUGUCUUCAUGUUUCAAGGUCUAGGGAUGGCCAAAAUGAUCAAGAUGGAUCUUUUUACUACCUCAUAAGUGGGGGGGAUGACCAAUCAAUCCACUGUCUUGCUUUUGAUGUAGCACCAGAACCAAUGAAUUAUAUUUCUGAGAAUGAGAACUCCUCUGAUAUGGCAAAUCAUAGCCCUGAAUUGAGCAACAUGAAGCUCUCUCUUUGCAGUUGGAGCAAUACAUGUAGGAUCAGAGUUCUUUAUCGUGAGAGAAUUGCCUCGGCUCACAGCUCUGCUGUGAAAGGCAUUUGGACAGAUGGGAUUUGGGUAUUCUCUACUGGACUUGAUCAGCGGGUGAGGUGUUGGCAUCUUGAAGAACAUGGUAAACUUAAUGAACAUGCUUCUUUGAUUAUUAGUGUACCCGAACCAGAAGCACUGCAUGCCAGGGCCUGUGGGAGAAAUCAGUAUCAAAUUGUGGCAGCUGGAAGGGGUAUGCAAAUGGUUGUGUUCUCAGCAUCCCAUGAUAUGGAAGGUAAUCUUGAAGGGGAAAUAUAGGGUACUCACUGGUAGGGUUACCAGUAGCCAAUCUGAUGCAGUAUGUACAUGAGGAGAUGAAAUCACCACUUAGCUUGUCAUGGAAAUGAAAUAUCUGGCCUGAAAUGGUGGUUUGGCCAUGUGAGUCCAAUAAUUUAUGCAGCUAUAUCCA